CCCGGGUACCCCGCUUUGAGCCGCCCUGACAGGAGCCUUCUGACCCCGCCUCUGCAUGCAGGGGCGCUCCGUGUGACGCGGGGCUGGAACAAAAAUCCAGUAUGGCGGAAUCUGUCAGGAGAUGAUUUUCUCUGCCGCCCCCCCUCCGCGUCCCGCGCUCACACCGACGAAGCUCGCGGAGCCUGGCAUGGCAGAGCCAUCGACCCGGCGGGCGGACAGGACGGCCGGCCCGCGGCAGGUUGAUGCUUAGAAAGCUGCAGUUGUUGACCCGUCAGGCUGAUGGGGAUUGGCUGGAGGUCCGCUUCCCGUUUCCACUUGAACCGGCUGGAUUUGUGGCGUCAGCCCAAGCGAGAACACAGACCUGAGCUCACACUCGAAGGGAUCACUGCCCCGCCGCCACCUGCACCUGAACACGCCGCACACCUGCCGCGCUCUCUGAGGCGCCCACCCACCUGUCAGUGAUGACGUCCCACAGCCAGCAAGAGGGAAUCCUGGGAAAGGAGCCGCCGCUGGAGGUGCUGAAGACGUCUGCGCUGAACCACAUCCCAACAGUGGACAUCAACUCUGCGCUGCCGCUGCGUCUGCCUCCCGCCGCCAUCCCCAUGGACCUUCGCGUGGACCACCAGCAGCAGGCGUCCUCGCUGUCCCCCCCUGGCCAGCAGUCGCCCGGGCCUCUGGGGGGGGGGCAGGGCGUGGUGGCGGCCUCCAUGCGUGAGCAGCAGCUGCAGCAGGAGCUGCUGACGCUGAAGCAGAAGCAGCAGAUCCAGCGGCAGAUCCUCAUCGCCGAGUUCCAGCGGCAGCACGAGCAGCUGUCCCGCCAGCAUGAGGCCCAGCUUCAGGAGCACAUCAAGCAGCAGCAGGAGCUCCUGGCUCUGAAGCACCAGCAGGAGCUGCUGGAGCACCAGAGGAAGAUGGAGAACCACCGUCUGGAGCAGGAGCUGGAGAAGCAGCAGCGGGAGCAGAAGCUGCAGCUGCUGAAAAACAAGGAGAGGGGCCAAGAGAGUGCCGUGGCCAGCACUGAGGUGAAGAUGCGUCUCCAAGAGUUUGUCUUGAACAAGAAGAAGGCUCUGGCCCAAAGGAGCCUGAAUCAAGGAGGUCUCCCCAACGACGCUCCCUACUGGUACCGGAAAACCCAGCACAGCUCCUUGGACCAGAGCUCCCCCCCACAGACCGGCGUGUCCACCUACAACCACCCCGUGUUGGGCGUCUACAACCCCCGGGACGACUUCCCACUUCGAAAAACAGCCUCCGAGCCCAACCUAAAGCUGCGCUCCCGCCUGAAGCAGAAGGUCAGCGAGCGCCGCAGCAGCCCGCUCCUCCGCCGCCGCGACAGCCCCAUCACCACCGCCAAGAAACGCUCGCUGGACAUAGCAGAUUCAGCGUGCAGCAGCGCUCCGGGUUCGGGCCCUAGCUCCCCGAACAACAGCUCCAACAACAUCCCCAACGAGAACGGCGUCGCCGUGACGGUUUCCAACAGCAUGGAGGUGUCUCUAGCCCAGCGGCUCUGCGGCGGCGCCGAGGCGGGCUCCGUGAACCAGCUGUCUCUCUACACCUCGCCAUCCCUGCCCAACAUCACCCUGGGGCUUCCCGCCACCGCCACAGCCACCGCCGCCUCCAACGUCACCUCCACCCAGCAGGAUGGAGGUCUGCAGCCAGCCCUCUCCCUCAGCCCGCCUUUCCUCUCCGGCGCCCACCUGACCCCCUACCUAUCAGAGUCGGCCGGCGGGCACGGCGCCCACAGCCCGCUGCUUCAGCACAUGGUUCUGAUGGAGCAGAGUCCGGCUCAGAGCCCCCUGGUGACGGGUGUUGGCGGUCUGUCCAUGUCGUCGGCGUCCAUGGCCAAGCUGCAGCGGCCGCACCGGCCCCUGGGGAGGACCCAGUCGGCGCCGCUGCCUCAGGGGAGCGCCGCUCAGGCCCACGCCCAGGCGCUGGCGCUGCAGCAGCUGGUGGUCCAGCAGCAGCACCAGCAGUUCCUGGAGAAGCACAAGCAGCAGUUCCAGCAGCAGCUGCACCUCAACAAGAUUAUGGCUAAGCCCAGCGAGUCCCCCGUGGGACGACAGCACCAGAGCCACCCCGAGGAGACGGAGGAGGAGCUGCGGGAACACCAAGAAGGAGGAUGCCUCCCGCCGGGGGUCAUCAUCAAGCAGGAGCCUCCUGACCCCCAGGAGGUGCAGGAGGAGGCGCUGCAGCAGCAAAGGGAGCGGGAGAAUCAGGCGGAGCAGGAGCUGCUUUUCCGACAGCAGGCGCUCCUGCUGGAGCAGCAGAGGAUCCACCAGCUGAGGAACUAUCAGGCCUCCAUGGAGGCUGCCGGCUUGUCCAUCUCCUUCCCGGGGCACCGCCCCCUGUCCAGGGCGCAGUCCUCGCCAGCCUCCGCGUCCUCCUUCCCCAUCAGCGUCCCUUCACCGGAUCCUCCCAUCAAGCCUCGCUUCACCACAGGGCUGGUGUACGACUCCCUGAUGCAGAAGCACCAGUGCAUGUGCGGAAACACCAACAGCCACCCGGAGCACGCCGGGCGCAUUCAGAGCAUCUGGUCGCGGCUGCAGGAGACGGGGCUGCGGGCGCAGUGCGAGUGUAUCCGCGGGAGGAAGGCCACUCUGGAGGAGCUGCAGACGGUCCACUCCGAGGCCCACGUUCUGCUGUACGGAACCAAUCCACUGCGGCAGAAACUGGACUGUAAGCCCCCGCCGCGGUCAGGACGACGCCAUCGCCAAACCGCUUCUCUAAACUGUUCUUCUGCCUCCUCGUCUUCAGGUUCCAUCACCCCCAUGUUUGUCCGGCUGCCGUGUGGAGGGGUGGGGGUUGACAGCGACACCAUCUGGAAUGAGGUUCACUCGUCCAGCGCCGCUCGGCUCGCCGUCGGUUCCGUGGUGGAGCUGGUUUUUAAAGUGGCGACGGGAGAGCUAAAGAACGGUUUCGCCGUGGUCCGGCCUCCUGGACACCACGCUGAGGAAAGCACCCCCAUGGGUUUCUGCUACUUCAACUCGGUGGCCAUCGCAGCCAAGCUGCUGCAGCAGAGGCUGAGCGUCAACAAGGUCCUCAUCGUGGACUGGGACGUGCACCAUGGCAACGGGACCCAGCAGGCGUUUUACGACGACCCCAACGUGCUCUACAUCUCCGUUCAUCGCUACGACGACGGGAACUUCUUCCCUGGAAGCGGCGCCCCUGACGAGGUGGGCAGCGGUCCUGGAGUCGGAUUCAACGUCAACGUGGCCUUCACCGGAGGCCUGGACCCCCCCAUGGGAGACGCCGAGUACCUCGCUGCCUUCAGGUCGGUGGUGAUGCCCAUAGCCAAUGAGUUUGCCCCAGAUAUCGUGCUGGUUUCUUCUGGCUUCGACGCCGUGGAGGGACACCCCCCACCGCUGGGCGGCUACACUCUGACCUCCAAAUGUUUUGGAUAUCUGACCAAGCAGCUGAUGACGCUCGCCGGGGGCAGGCUGGUGCUGGCGCUGGAGGGGGGUCACGACCUCACAGCCAUCUGCGACGCCUCCGAGGCCUGCGUGGCCUCCCUUCUCGGCCAGGAGCUGGACCCGCUGCCGAAGUCCGUCCUGGAGCAGAGGCCUAACGCCAACGCCGUCCGCUCUCUGGAGAAGGUUAUAGAGACCCACUGUAAAUACUGGCGCUCCGUGCAUCGCUACUCGCCACGACUGGGACUGUCGCUGCUGGAGGCCAAGCGAGCAGAUUCGGAGGAGGCUGAGACCGUCAGUGCCAUGGCCUCCCUGUCCGUGGCCAACAGCAGCACCAUGGAUCAAAGGCCGGAGGAGGAGGAGCCCAUGGAGGAGGAGGCGCCGCUGUAACGGCGGCAGAGGAGGUGUCGCAGCGUAACCUUUGACCUCUCCGGAGAAGAGUGGCGACCGAUCCUUUCAUUUAACCCCCUUAACCCCACUCACCACGUCAGUCACCUUGAUUGGCGGCCCCUCGGCCACAGACCAGGGAGAGGGGGUGGGCUCGGCCUCAGAGUAGGGAGCCAAUCAGAAGCCAGAAGACUGAAACCUUCAACAUAACGGCGUUGCUUGGCGGCACUCGCUCAGAGACUUGCGUUUUUUUCUCUGGGGCUCCGCGCCCCCUCCCGCUAGCCCGCGGCGGCGGCGUGGAGUGCGUCUGGAGCGGGAGUGUCGUGGAAAGGUGCAGUGCUUUAUGCCGUCUGACAUUCAGAGGCGGCCGCCCCUACGCAGUCGGGGGGGGGGGUCUCUUUUCUUAACUCCUUUCCCUACAGAACAGUGGGGGGGCCACGGCGACUUGAGCCGCGCUCACUGUGGAUUUUUGGCAUAAGAAGGCUUUGACGAAGACUCGCCGCCUGUGGGCGGGUUGGCGAGUAGGAGGAGUGCCUUGGUGAGGGUCCGCUUGAUUUCUGGAUCGUUCAGGAUGAGAUUGCCUUAAAGAUUUUUCCCGCCGUGGAAAGCGGCGGCAGGGGGAAGGCGGGAAAGCCAACAAUCCUUCAGCAUGUUUACUCGGGACGUGAUGAAGACAGCGUCGAUGUCUCUCACAGCUUCUCCUGAAGAGUUACUUUACUUUUGGAUGGAUCUAUUUUUCUGUACAAAACUAUAAAAAGAGAAAGAAACUGCUUUGUAAAGGUAGUUGCCAGCUUCAGUAGAAAAAAGGUGCAAACAUGAGAAAAAAAAAGUCUGAAUUAGAUCGCCAACUCUGAAAAAAGGUCUAGCCUUUAAUGUAGCUUCCCUUUAAGCGUGGCUUCGUACUCCACUGAAGAGCAUGCGUCCGAGCACGCCACGUUCCUGAAUGUUCUUCAACACUGACAGCAAGACAAGGCCAAAGCAUGAGUCUGCAUUCUCACGCCGCUUCGCCCAACCAGGAUUUUGGCGGGCCCCGACGCCCGCCUGGAUGUUUACGACUCCACCUGGGAUCAGGCGCCGUUUCUGGGCGCAUCUGUCGGUUGGCAACUACCUUCUUGUGAGCUGAACAUAGCUGGUGUGUUUUGAUCUGAGUAUAUUCUGACAGGCAGCAGUCCGUCGAGUGUUUGGUUUCUGCGCGUCCAUAUCACAAGCACGUUUGUCCGCUCUUUGUUUUUUACUGCGCAAGAUUAUUUUUCUAACUUUUUUCAUGCAUUUGUUGUGUUUUUAUCCAUUGUCUGGAUAGUUGUAGGGCUGCCAUUCACAUUCGGACGCGUUCUUUACUGUAUUUAUCAAAAACGAGGAGCAACACUCCCUUUCUUUCUUUCUUUCUUUCUUUCUUUCUGCGGCUCUGUCAGCCGCUCUGCGUUUUCAUCUGCUUUGUAUUUAUAACAUGUACGGUUUAUAAGAGAUUUGUAUAUGGACAGUUUACAAAUGUACUCCUAACUGAUGACAGCUAUGAUAUUGUGGGUGACUGCCGCCGCCGCCGCAGCAGCGUGCUGGACGUUACUCCUCCAUGGACUCCUCAAACACGAGCAGCACAUCAAACUUCUCGUCAACUGCAACGUUGUUUUCAUGUCGCCCUCCAGGGGGCGCCGGCUUGAUCGCCUGGCCCACGCUCUCCUCCUUGUGCGUGGGUGUAUUUACUUUGUAGUCCGAAGAGGAGUGCGUCUAAUGCGGUGUCGGGAAGAGGAAGAGCUGUCUUGCCUUUGCCACCAGUAAUGUCCAACAUGCCAACAUGUACGGAAGGCAAAAAGGGACAAAAUUUCAAUACCUUUCUAUGAUCUAAUGUUCAAUAUUUAAAUAGGAAAUGAUUGCACACUACAUUUAUUUUUUUAUUUAAAAACAUAUCAAAACAUGUCCAAAUAAACAUUCAAGCCUAAAAUAAUUUGAUUAAAACACAGAUUAAAAAAGAUAAAUUGGCAAACAUAAAUGUUUGCAGUAAAUAUUUAAAAAAUAUUUUCCACUUUAAUGACUUUAACAGUUUAGUUACAAUAAAAUGAAACAUUCAUCUCAACUAAACGCAUUACAAAAUGAUUCUCAUAAGUUCCCUGACUUUGAAGGGGGGACUUUUAUUUUUGUCCCUUUUGGCCUUCUGUAGAUUGGAACUCCUGACUUUGAGUUUUUCCACCUAACGGUGAACAUCACUUAAACUUCAUAUCAUUUCAUGAACUUGUGAGGUUUGAGAAGAACUUCUUCAUAUCCGACAGAAACAUUCCACUCAUUUCAUUUGGCAUUUUUUCCAUUUCUACCAGUGAAACUGAGCUCCUUUUGUAGACGUUUUUUCCUUUUUCGCCGUCUGCUCGCGACAACUUUUACUCUGCAUGGUUUGUGAGUCCGCAUGCCUGCUUGUCUAUGUAACUAAAAUGUAUUUGCACAACAGAAGAAGAACACUGGAGGACUCUGAAGCCCAACAACCGUUCAGGUUUCCAUCCUCUGAGAAAGACUUUAGUCCAAACGACUGGGAAGCAUUUGAAAAUCCAGCUGGAGUUUUUUCCCGCACUUGGGACGCGUUACGGACUGUGUUUGAGAGAGACGAGCUCUGCCAGACCUCUGCUGCCCUGAAGACUAAGACUCCCAAAGAAUGUUCCGCUUCAGAGAUCCUUUCUGCGUCCACAGACGGUUUGGGAAAAAAGGGCAUCGUCGCUGAUUGUCACACUCACCUCGGCCAGUUCUAUAUAUAUAUAGAUAUAACCACUGUGGCUCAAGAGCAAACCCUGGUUUACAUGUAAAUGGGUAAAAACUUUUUGUUUGUCGUUUGUCCGUAUUGAUAAAAACUGUUAUCUUUCUUUGGGACCUACGCUUUGAACAUUUCAUCUCUGACAUCUAUAGAAUAUAUUUCUCAAAAAGACAAA